GCACACAUGCGUACAGGAACGCUGAACGGACGCCGUCUUCUGGUCUCAUAUAGUCUCGUACCCAGACCCUCCAGUUCUGCAACUCGCCAUCGCGAGUGUCGGACUGGAUGGUCUACACGGGACUUAAACUGCCACGAUGUUCCUCCCCACUUUGACAUGCUUUCACGCUGGAAGCGGCAGCGCUAGGGAAAAGACCACGGCGAGCUAUUACAACUGCGCGAUAUGUAAAGAUCACCUUAUGGAAACAAACCUCGUUCACAAUGCGUUCAAUCAUGAACCAUUGCACACUGGACAGCAUUCUACGAUCAUGAUCGGUGAUCGACUAUAAUACUUGUCUCUAGCGGCGGAGGAAUUGCGGCUAUUGCCCGAGUGUAGCACGCACUCACGUCUAUUAUACAGCACUCUCAAGUGCGAAAGUAUGAGGCGCUAUCAAAGAAGGGAGUAUAAUAGCUACGAUGCUCAUUAAUCAUAGGAUGUACCGUACACCGUUUCUGUCGCAUCUGUAACAUUAGACAAUGUUAUCGUAUUACCAUUGA